GACAGGACAGUCACCAUGGGGAGCGUGAACGUGAAUCGCAACGUCAGCGAUGCGUUUUAUCGCUACAAGAUGCCGCGGAUCCAGGCGAAGGUCGAGGGCAAAGGUAACGGCAUCAAGACCGUCAUCGUGAACAUGGUCGAUGUAGCCAAAGCCAUUGGCAGACCCGCCACCUAUCCUACCAAGUACUUCGGCUGUGAACUGGGAGCGCAGACCCAAUUCGAUUUCAAAAACGAAAGAUUCAUAGUAAACGGUUCUCACGACGCCAUUAAAUUGCAAGACCUCCUCGACGGAUUUAUUCGGAAGUACGUCCUCUGCCCAGCCUGCGAUAAUCCUGAGACCGAGCUGGUGGUCAACGCAAAAAAGUCUACCAUCUCGCAGGGAUGCAAGGCGUGUGGCCAUCAUGGAUUAUUGGAAAGCAACCAUAAACUGAAUACCUAUAUCUUGAAGAACCCACCGAGUCUGAAUCCUGCAGUCCAAGGCAGUUCUUUAACGGAGGGGAAACGCGGAAAACGUUCUAAACGCGCAAACGGCGAAACCACUACCACCACCACCGCCACUGCUAACGGUGAUCGAUCUGGUUCGCCGGAGAACGAGACCAGCGCGAAGGAUAUCGUGGUCGAAGUACCUCAAAAGAUUGCCGAUGAAGAAGGGGACGAUGUUAAUUGGGCAGUCGACGUGUCGGAGGAAGCAGUCAGAGCUCGUCUGCAAGAUCUGACAGAGGGAGCGAAGGGCAUGACCAUCAGCGAUGAUCUCGAUAAGACUGAGAAAGAGAGGAUGGAUAUGUUCUAUAAGCUAGUAAAGUGUCGUCGGGAUGCCGGCCAACUGGACAACCAUAAGGAAUUAGUCGCCGAGGCUGAACGGCUAGAGAUCAAGAUGAAAGCACCUUUGAUCUUGGCCGAGUUACUCUUCGAUCAGAACAUUGCUGCUCAAACCAAAAAGUAUCGAGUACUGUUACUCCGUUUCACCCACGAUGAUACCAAGGCACAGAAGUAUUUAAUUAGAGGAAUAGAGCAAGUGAUAGCCCUGCACAAAGAUUCAUUGAUGCCCAAAGUACCCGGAAUUUUAAAGCUCUUUUAUGACGCAGACAUUUUGGAAGAGAAAGCUUUAUUCGAAUGGGCAAGUAAAGUUACUAAAAAGUAUGUAUCAAAAGAUUUGUCUCAAGAAAUUCAUGAUAAAGCUGCGCCGUUCAUAACAUGGUUGAAAGAAGCCGAGGAAGAGGAUUCAGAAUCAGAAGAAGAAGACGACGACUUAGAAAUUGAAUAUGAUGAUAGAGCCAAACAGUCAUUUAAACCACAACAGUCACCGCAGAAGCCUGCUGCUGUCAAUGAAGAUUCGAAUGAUGAAGAUGAUUUUGAUAUCGAUGCCAUUUAAAGAUACAGACAUGUUCAAUAGUCGGACAUGAAAAAUAUUAUAAUAUUAUAGAGAGAAGAUGGAAAAAAAAUGUGUCCGAUAAACAAUGAUUAAAAGAUCAUUUCUCAGAUGAUACAAAGAGUCGCAAUGCAAUCUCUUAUUAUACAUAAUAUUUUGUUAUUUUAGGCCAAGGAAUGAUUAUAAUGCCAUUACGAUUUGUGAGAAAUUUUAACUGUUUUGCGAGUUUAGCAAUAUUUAUCUUGUACGGUAAAAAAAUACUUUUAAUUGUUUUUAAACUUUGAGGUAAUUACGGGUUACCUAAUAUCAUUAUUACUAAUUAUAUUAUUCAAAGAUUUUUGAAAGGAACGAUGCUUCUAUGCCUUGAUAAUGCAUCUCUUAGAAAGGAACGGAAAACGAUAUUGAUAGUUCAACAUCGUUAUUGGGAAGUUGGCCUGCUAAAAGCGUUCUCUAUUGUAUCUAUUUACUAUUCAAAUAAUAAUUAUUCAAAUAAAUAUGGUUUACUGCAAUUUA